AUUAUGUACUCUUUGAUUUAGCGCUUAAACAUUAACAGAAGUGGUCUUAUUGUAAAAAAUUGUUAUCUUAUCCUUUAAAUCAUAAAGCAAAGAACCGUUUUAAUCGUAACUGAAUUUUGGUCUUGAAAAGUUUUUAAGGCCGCUGAUUCUGUUUCUUAUUGUAUUGACAAGAAUAAGCAUCAUUAAAUCAAGAAGAAUAAAUUUGGUUGUAUUUAACAUGAGCUGUGUCUACAUGCAAAAAAAUAAGCAUUCAGGUGUCGGAAAUAGUUUUGAACAGAACCAUACAAAUAUUUCUACAUUUAAUUUUGUUAACCCGAGAAGAAUUAACAGCUAUUGUUCUCAGAGAAAAGGGAUUAUUAAGUUUAAGACCUUGUGGUGUAGAAGACACGGUAAAAUGCCUACUCUCGGGACAGUUAGUUGUUUGGGAGCUUAAAGAGUUAACAUUUCUUUAGGAGCUCAAGAAGAGUUCAAUCAAUUCUAUACAAAAUGGUUGCUCAAAAGAUCACCUGCCCGAGUCGGAGCGACGAUAUCGGAACUCAAUACACCAAUCCAAACACCAAAAGACAUGGUUUUUUCGCAAACGAGUCUCAAGACUCGAAACAUUUUGAAAGUAGUAGACCUAGAUCGUUUAAAGCCAGAAAAGAACCAACAGGCGAACGGUCUAACCGGAGUGAUUCACCAAGGAAAGAACGGAGUAAUGCCUCAAGGAACAGUGCCAACAGCCAGCUUUUCCGAGGAAUAUUUGAAACCGGAACAGUUAUACGCGAGCACAAUGCUUCACGGUUCGAACUCAGAGUUCUUCCAAGAACUGGAUCAGUUGUGCUCCGAUCCAGAAAGGGAAGAACAAACACGGACCAUUGAUUCUCAUAAAGAAACCGAAAAACGGGCAUGUUCCUUCGACACACCGCACACAUCAUUCUGCCUACAAGGGUGGGAUGUACAAGACGAUAACUCUCCCUACGGCCAGGCAGGCUUUUAUAGUAACACCUCCAUGGACACGAUGUCUCCGGCUUUCGAUGGGUUCGCUCUUAAUAAUGACUUAGGGCCGAUUCCAGAGGAAGCUAAUGAGGUUCAAUUUCCAGAACAAUUUUUGGAUAUCAGCAGCCUGCCUGUCGUUAUCGGAGGUUUAACGUCCGCAGCGGCCCUUGACGAUUCCUGGGCUUAUCCAGAACCAGUCAACUGGACCGACACAUUCAACACAGAUAACACUAUAAACACAGAUACACAAAAAACAUUGCCCUUGACCGAAGACGACUCUUGUGACGCAAAAAUUAUUUCUUUCCUGCCAAGUGAAGUCGAAAAUUGUGAUGUAUUUUUACCUAAACUCAUCGAUCAGUGUGAUGAUGCAGUUUUACAAAAAGAAGGACUGCACAAGUGCGAAAGAGGACUUUCCAUUGACGUAGGAAUUCGUACACCAAGCUGGCCAGCUGAUGCGAUUAGCACUCCUGAAGUUCUUAGUUACGUCGAGCAAUUAGAAAAAGAAAAGUGCUCACGUGCAUUUAAGGAACUCCACAAUGAUUUGCCUCUUCAAAAAACGGAACUAGACCUAAACUCAGUAGUAAACAUCAUUAGUCCGUGCAAAAAUAAUGAUUAUGAACCAGUCACUCCAAAAAGUGAAUCUCAGCUGGAUUCUGAUAAUGAAGACAGAAGAACACAUUUAAGCAAAAGGAAGCAUCUGGACAGUGAUGAUUCUGAUGAAACCUAUACACCUUUUGCUGAACAGACAUCACGAAAAUAUAAAAGGAAAAAGUCAAAUGUUCCAAUCAAAGAAAUGAUCCUUGCACUUGAGGGAUCACAACAGGUUGGGACCAGAAGAAGAGGCCGACCCCCCAAGAGACGAGACAGCACACUAUCAUCCACAUGCAGCAUUGAUGAAAACUCAUCAAAUAUUUCCACUCAAGAAUCAAAGUAUAGAGAGUUGAGAGACAAGAAUAAUGAAGCUUCCAAAAGAUCCAGAAUGAACAGGAAACUCAAAGAACUACAGAUGGAACAAUUAGCAAUUGAUUUGGAAGAAAGAAAUAAAAAACUAAGAGUUAAAGCAGAUAUUUUGGAAGAGCUGACCAAAAAAGUAAAAGAUGCAUUGAUGGCUGCAAUUUUACAGAAAUGAAGCAAAUUGUGAAUAUUUUGUGUAUUGUUAAAGCUCAUAAGCAUCUGCAUCUUGUUACUUAGUAAGUCUACAACGGUGGACUUUUCAGUCUUAACAAGACUACAUAACAAGACAAUGCAUGUUGCAUAUUGGCAAGGAUAGUAAGUAUCCUUAAUAAAAACAACCUGGACUACACAUAAGAAAAAUUGUCUAUUUAUAGGUACAUACUUAAUCUUAUCUAGAAAUAAGAUGUAUUAAUGUAACAAAACUUAUUCUUUGGUUUUGCUUUACAUUUUUGUUGUUUAUCAUUAAAAAAAUAUUUUUCCCUACAAUUGUUUGGAUAUGGCAAUUAAAUAAAAUUACGACUAUGUUAUACUUACCUAAUUGAAAAUAAAUGGAUUUAUU